AUGAUGGUAGUGCCAGGAUCAACGCCGAUCGUGGGGCAUUUUUUUGUGCAUGACCGUCUUUCCGUUUCCUUCCGAUCUGCGUUCGGUCACCGUAGGCCUGCCAAGUGAGGCGAUGGCAAUGAAACUUCCGUUUCGUCUACGCCUGCAGCACUGUCUAGGAAUAGGAAGCGAAAGCUUUCUUGGUUGACUAUUUCGUUCGAUGUAGUUCAGUACGGCACCAGCUUCCGUUGGCUACUGAGAGCAGCAGAAGAACUUCGACGCUUGAUUAGCUAUUGGCGCAGUGAUCGCGGAUUAAUUUAAGGGGCAUUAUUUUGUCGAACGGAUUCGAAAAAAAUAGUCCCAUCCACGUUAGGCGCCAUCUGUCAGUGAUUGGAACAAAAUGGAACAGAUUGUAAAGAACCGAGAUGUAGAAAAGUUCGUGUCGGAAACGAAGUACUUUUUGGAUGAGUUCGACUCCAUCAUCAGUCACUGGGAUCUGUCGGGCAACUUCUUCCUGCACUAUCUGAUUGAGAUCCACGAGAACGUCACACAAUUGCUGGCCAGGUUCACUACUCUGUCGCUCGAGGGGGUCGGGACCCGGAAGAGUAAACCGUUCUUCAAUCUGAAGUGUUGCGAUCUUGAAUUUCAAACAGUGAAGGAUCUGCGACUACACCAUCACUCUUGCCGACACAAGAAGUCACACUUUGAGGAAACGGACAACUGCGAGCUCAAAUCUGCCCUCUUGAAGCUGGCAUUCUUUAAUCGGAGAGUAAACGAGUAUGUGCAAUAUGGAACCGUAGCUGACCGGUACCUGUGCUUGUACUUGAAGAAAAUACUGAAGAAAAUCAUCAUCACGCUGGACACGUUUAAUUUGUAGCGGCCGUGACGGGAGGAAUGCACAUCCAACAUUCGUGUAGCCUUUAAGAACACAUGUUUACAAUUAAGUGACAUAGGAUAAGUACGACUUGUAAAUCGAAUCAGGGGUAACGAAGAGGCGUGUCCCAAUUUCGCGGAUCACGGACACGGCUCUAGGCUUGCAGUGAAAGCUUAGCGAAAGGUGCUUCAGUUGACCAUCAGCAACCUACCAGUGAAAAGAUGAUUCUCGAGGACACGAUCAAGUUUCGCCAGAG